AUUUUAGUUUAUAUCUGAUUUACACUUUUAUAAAUUAAUUAAAAUUUUAUAUUAGCUUAAAUAUAUGUGUGUGUUUAUAUAUUUUGAAAGCUGAAGAAAUAGUUUUUUUAUACACUGAUCCCAUGGUUUGUUGAAGGUUGUAGUACUAUUGCUUUCGGGAGGUAUGAUUGUUGAGAAAAAGAAUAUAUUCCUCACUUUCGGCUUUGGGAUAGCAAAAACCCAACACAGAAACUUUCCUCAUCAAAGCUUAUUUCUGUCAGUUUAGGUCAUUUGCUUUCUUUUGUUUUCUGAAUCUUUUAUGGUUCUCUUCCAAAAAAACGUAUGGUUCUCUUCCAAAAAAAGUGAUUUUGGACGGCCAAAAGCCAUUAAAGUCUGCUGGCCUCAACUCACUUCAUGCAAAAAUAGACACACACACACACACACACACACACACACAUCACUAUGCAACUUUGCGUACGAAUACAGCUGCAUAGAUGCCCUUAUUGGCUAGUUACCAUUGUGCCCUCCCUUAUCCUUGGCAAAUUGCAUUUGUAACAUGCUGGAGGUCAGAAUAGUAAUUUCACGUAUUUCUUUUUUACUUUUUAUUUAUAUAUUAUUUAUUAUUUUUAUUUUUUGGGAAAGUCCAACGUCAUCUUUUCCAAUUUUGGUCAUGUUCUUUGUACUCCAUAGCAAAUAUCUCCCUCUUAUAUUAUCAUGGCAAGGGUGAGUUGAGAGAGAGGGAAAUACAUAUACAUAUACAUAUAUAGAUAUAUAGACAUAGAGAGGGAGAAUGGAGGAACAAGUUGAAUUGGUGGGGAGGGCAUUUGUGGAUCACUACUACCAUCUCUUUGACAAUGAACGAACUCGUCUCUCAUCUCUCUACCAACCAACCUCCAUGCUCACCUUUGAGGGACAGAAGAUACAAGGGGUAGAUGACAUCUGUGGUAAGCUUAAUCAGCUACCGUUCGAUCAAUGCCGCCACACAAUUAGCACCGUUGAUUCCCAGCCAUCAUCCUUCACUGGUGGCAUCAUGGUUUUCGUUAGUGGUAGCCUCCAAUUGGCAGGAGAGGAACACUCCCUAAGAUUUAGCCAGAUGUUUCACUUGAUUCCAUUGCCGCAAGGAAGCUUUUUUGUGCAGAAUGACAUAUUCCGCCUCAAUUAUGGUUGAUCUUGCAAUGUUGUUUGAUGUGGUGCUGUUCUCCAGUGGAAAUAAAAAGUUACUCAUAUAUUAGUAGCAUUCUCUUUAAUUUGUUGUUGAUUCUCCAAAGCUUCUCUCAUUAUUGGGAUUUCUCUUAGGAAGUUUCAUUGCAUGCAGGAUCGAGUGCAUCAUUUCACUUUUUACCUAGAAAUAGAAAAGCAGAACUUAGUAAGUUUUACUUUAAAAUUUCUGUUUUUUAACAAGACAAGUGGUUAAUUUUAUUUUAAGAUUUUAGACAAUAAAAAGUAGUAUGAGAAACGGAGUAAUUCAGUUA